AUGACGCCGCCGUCGCUCCGAUUGAGUUUCGCGAUGGUAGUACUACUCCGUUGGUUACUGGGAGGUCUUGAGCAUGUCCUUAUCGUACUUCUGCCGGUGCUGAAGCUGCGACACCUUCAGGCGUGGCGACUUCACAUGCAUAGCGGUGGGGGAGAGGUCGUCCCCGGUGAAGUAACUGCGCGCCUGCCACGCUGCCGGCUUUUCCGUUUCACGGCCGUAGAUGUCAAUCCUGCGCUGCCUGCUUCAGCGCCUCGCAGCCCUCCUCGCCAAAGUUGUGAUCGUACUUGCUGCCAAAGAGAUUCCGUUGUUGGCAAAACGGCAUGCGGUUCUCUAUCUUUUCCGCUGAGUUUCUCAAAGCUGCGGUCAAACUUCCCACUCGGGGUGCGCGCCGGGUUUGGUUUGAUCGUCGGCGGUCACAGGAGGACGUGGGUGCGGCGAAUCCCGCCAGCCGCGAGGCAGCACACAGGCCACAGGGGCACAGCACAACCUGCGACGCACCUGCAGCGCCGCCCACGCGCCCCACCACUACAGCCGCCGCAGCGACUCAGCAGCGUCCGACACAACCAGCCCUCAACGCUGUGUGACAUGUGA